UUGCAUUAUUGAUCAGGGUUAGUGGUGGUGAUACAGUGUAUGUAGGGUUCUGAAGAAGACGACGAAAAAACUCUUUUGAUAAUGGAGUCUCCAGAACCUUCCAAUAACAACAAUGGCAGUUCUUCUGCCUCUCCUCUAAACGGCAAUCACAACGAUUAUGAGAAAUCCUCUAAAGAUUCGCCCUUUUAUAGAUACGUGAAUGCUUUAUCUCCAAUACCCACCAAGGCUCCUCAUGCGGCACAAGGUUUUCUAGGGCUCAAUUCUCCACCCCUUGUAUUCAAGUCUCCACGUAUUUCUCACCGUGAAACACAGCCCAUGGAAAGGCCCCAAGGCACUCAGUCACUCAGUGGAGAUAUAUAUCAAAGUGAAAAUGGAGGCAACAGUCUUGGUGUAGCUGCUGGAGAUUCUGGAAAAUCAAAUUCUGAACAGCCACUGCCAGAGAGGUUUGUAGCUGACACUCAGAAGGUUUUUGACUCCAAGAAUGAUACAAAUGCUCAAAACAACAGUUCUCUCCUGUCUAUUGAUGAAUAUUUGGCUGAUCCUGGGGAUAUUGAUCAAGUGUAUUCAGAUGACAAUGGUGUGGAACAAUCUACAGAUGCAGCUGAAUCAUCACUAAAUGGCCUAACUCAGUUAGAUAAAAAUAUAUCAAAGGAUGGUCCUGGUGAUAAAAAUAAGGAAUCUUUGGGUUUGUCAGAGGAUUCUAAUAAGGUUUAUCAAGAAAAAUCAGCAUAUGGUCAAGAAACUGAAAAGAUUGAAGGGGAGAAAAAUGAUGUUCAAUGUGCUUCUCAAGAUCCCACAAAGUUAGAGUCCAAUUUAGCUGCAGGUGAUUUUGAUAAACAAUAUUGUGAUGAUCCACAUCCCCAGGAUGUUCAAGGGUGUGAAGAUUACAAUGAGACGGUGUCAACCUCACAUGUAACUGCAGAGAAUAUCUCGCAAGAAGGUUCAGAGGCUACUCUAAAGUACCAUGGCAUUCGUAGACGCUGCCUACAAUUUGGGGAAGCUGCUUCCAAUGCUCUUGGAAGUAACAAGCCUCAUGUGAAACUGAAUGCAACUUCAAACGAAAUGAAAAUGGUCAAGUUGUCUGAACCUGUCACUUCCUUGUGUCCUCAGCGAGGUAGUGGAAACUUACCUUUGACAGAGACAGGAAUUGGGGUUCAUUCAAAUGGUUUCAUAAAUGCUAUGCCAACUGGUCAGGCUGCAACUACGGGUGUGAGAUUGUCAGAGAGUUUACAAGUGAUGAAAUCCGCACCUUCAAUAAGGUUACAAAGAAUGGAGAAUGUGAAGAGAUCCAUACUUUCAUCUAGUUCUGGCAGGCCAUCAUUAGUUGAAACAAAAAAUGAGAGCCGUGAAAUUGUUACUUCAGUAUCUUCAGAUGCUGAAAAUUCCGAGGAUUUCAACCAACCUCCUAACCCCCGCAAGAAAAAGAUGAGAACAUCAGUCAUUGCUGAUAACAAUGGCUGUAAGCGGUGCAACUGUAAGAAGAGUAAAUGCUUAAAACUUUAUUGUGAUUGUUUUGCUAUUGGAGCCUACUGUACCAACCCCUGUGCUUGCCAAGGCUGUUUAAACAGACCAGAGUAUGCAGAGACAGUUUCUGAGACUAAAAAACGAAUUUUAGCUCGUAACGCGAAUGCGUUUGCUCCCAAGAUUGUAAAGGCUAAUGCCGAUAAUAUGGAGGAUGAAAAUCUGACGACACCAUCAUCAGCAAGGCACAAAAGAGGUUGCAAUUGCAAAAGGUCAAAGUGUCAGAAAAAAUAUUGUGAAUGUUAUCAGGCUAAUGUGGGAUGCUCUAGUGGAUGUCGAUGUGAGGGAUGCAUGAAUGUCUAUGGCAAGAAAGAUUAUGUUUCAAUGGAAAAACGUGCUUUGAGUAAAGAAAGGGUGAGCAACAUUGUUCAAACAGGAUCAGACAGCACAUCUCACAAUAAACUGGAAAUGGUGGCAAGCAAGACAAAUUAUGAUGCCUUUUCACCUAUAACGCCAUCAUUUCAAUUCUCUGACCAAGGCAAGGAGGCUGCAAAAUCCAGAGUUUUCUCCUCAAACUGUCUACCAUGCCCUGAAUCCAAUGUCAGCAUGAUUGCAUCUAGUGCAAACUACACUAGUUCUUCAGAGAAAUUACACAGAAGGCAUGCACUUCUGGAAACAAAUGAGAUGUUGACAACCGCCCCCUAUGAUUCGCAAAAUAAUUGCAACAAUGUUGACAUGAUGGAUCAGUAUACUCCUGUGUCUCAUCCUGAGCCAUUGUCUGGCGCUUCAUCAGUCUUCUCUGGAGCUAAUGAGUGGACAAAUAUUCCUCAAUCCCGACUCUCCCAUGGAAGUAUUCGCCAGUUACCUAGCGGCUCUCUUCGUUGGCGUAGUUCCCCAUUGACCCCAAGCACUGGAGUAGGUGAAGCACAUUAUUUACAGUGUCCUGAAUCAGAUAACAGGCUCUUUGACAUUCUAGAAAAUGAAACCCCUGAUACACUGAUGCAAGCUUCAACUCCCAUGAGGUCUGUAAAAGUAAAUUCCCCUACCCAAAAACGAGUUUCUCCUCCCCAGAUUCGUUAUCAUGGGUUUGGAUCAAGCUCCUCUGGAGGACUCAGACCUGGCAGGAAAUUUAUGUUGAAAUCCGUACCUAGUUUCCCUCCAUUGUCUCCUUGCGUUGAUUCCAAAGGCAAUGACAAAGAAGAUUUGGGUGACAGUGAGAGCAAGUGCAGCAACUCAGCUAAAGAAUGCCCUCAAUGAAGUGUUACACAGACAAUCUGGUGUCAGACAUCUUGUCUGCCAUAGGUUGCUAAGUGACUUAUUGUGUGAACAGUCAAUGCAAAAUUGAAGUUAUGGCUUCGUUUUCCUCCGAUGUCUCUAUUUUUUUUAAGCAUUUAGGAAGUUUUAGCUUAGUAGUUUCUUUUUGGAUCAGGUUCUUCUUGAUCUCCGUUUUUUUGCACAUACGUACAUGGAGUCGUUCUUCAAGGUAAGUUUGCCUUGUUAAUUAGUUAGGUUAAAUAAAUAAAACAUUACUCAUUGAGUACAAAAUUGUUAUUAUACAUUGUUGCUAAUCAAUAGUAGCAUCUUAUAAGUUGGGCUCCUACUUCGCUUUGAUUGUUUAGUUUUGGUGUACAUGUAGUAUUUGCAAAAUGUGGUAUUCGAGGAAUUAACUUCCAUUUUGAGCAAAGAAUUAAUUCCUGGUUUGAGUAGUAAGCAUGA